AUGCUGGACAAGGAUAUCCUCAUUGAAUGUAAGACUGACCCAGGGACGAGAGGGCUGCUCGUGGCGGAGGGGGCGUCCCUCCCUCAGAGGCCUCCCUGUUCACUGCCUGACAGCCGAGACCCCCAAGGCAUCAAUCAGCACCUCAAGGUGGACUUUGCUGACGUGCUGGCAGAGCCGACCUCCUUCCAUAGUUUCGACCGCGUGUGGACCUGGAGCGACAUCACUUUUGAAACCUCCCGCCUCUGGGGCUACCGCCUCAUCUCCCUGCUCUGCGCGCUUCCGGGCUCCCUGCUGGCUGGAGGCCUCUUCGCCUGCCUCAGCUCCCUUCACAUCUGGUGCAUCAUGCCUUGUGUCCAGCUGUGCAUGCUGACCCUGCCCCCCAUCCGCACCCUCUGGAUCAGUGUCCUGGACCUCCUAGUGGCCCCACUGUGUGCCAGCGUGGGCCGCUGCUGCAGCUUCAUCCGCCUGACUGGCACACGUCAAUGA